AUGAGAAAUCAGAGAACUCUCUGUGCCUUCAUCAUAUUUCUUGUAAUAUUUUCUCUACAUUGGGUUAAUGGUGAAGACCCAUAUAUUUUUCACACUUGGAAAGUUACUUAUGGUGAUAUCUACCCUCUGGGUGUUAAACAACAGGGAAUCUUGAUAAAUGGGCAGUUUCCAGGGCCACAGAUUGACUGUGUUACCAAUAAUAACUUGAUUAUCAGUGUCUACAAUUACUUGAAUGAGCCAUUUCUCAUUUCUUGGAAUGGCUUGCAGCAGAGGAGGAACUCAUGGCAGGAUGGAGUCUAUGGCACCAACUGUCCAAUCCCACCUAGGAAAAACUUCACUUACGUCCUCCAAGCAAAGGAUCAGAUUGGCAGCUAUUUUUACUUUCCCUCACUUGCAUUCCAUAAGGCUGCUGGAGCAUUUGGUGGCAUAAGAAUCUGGAGCCGUCCUAGAAUUCCUGUGCCUUUCCCUCCUCCUGCCGGAGAUCAUACCAUCCUAGCCGGGGACUGGUUCAAGAGAAGUCACAGGGAGUUGAAGUUAAUCUUGGAUAGUGGUCACAAUCUUCCCUUCCCAGAUGGACUUCUUAUCAAUGGUCGUGGGUGGAACGGGUACACAUUCACUGUUGACCAAGGUAAGACAUACAGGUUCAGGAUAUCGAAUGUUGGCCUUACAACAUCUAUCAACAUUCGAAUCCAGGGACAUUUCAUGAAACUUGUUGAGGUAGAAGGAUCGCAUACGCUCCAAAACGCGUACUCUUCCCUUGACAUCCACCUUGGGCAGACUUUUUCCUUCUUGGUCACCGCUAAUCAGCCUGUGAAGGAUUACUACAUUGUUGUUUCAUCACGCUUCACUUCUCCGGUGCUCACCACAACAGCCAUUCUCCACUAUAGUAACUCAGCCACCAGAGUUUCUGGUCCUGUACCUGGGGGGCCAACCACUCAGAUUGAUUGGUCACUCAACCAAGCCAGAUCAAUACGUUGGAACCUGACAGCAAGUGGACCUAGACCUAAUCCCCAAGGCUCCUACCACUAUGGAAUGGUCAAGGCCUCGCGUACAAUCAUGCUUGCCAACUCUGCCCCAUACAUAAAUGGCAAACAAAGGUAUGCUGUCAACAGUGUCUCAUUUGUUCCGGCAGACACUCCUUUGAAACUAGCCGACUACUUCAAGAUUGGGGGAGUCUUUAAUCUUGGAAGCAUCCCUGACAAACCCACUUGGGGAAAUGCCUACCUCGCAACCUCUGUCAUGGGUGCUGACUUCCGCUCUUUUGUGGAGAUUGUAUUCCAAAACUGGGAAGAUACGGUGCAGUCAUGGCACAUUGGUGGCUAUUCUUUCUGGGUUGUUGGGAUGGAUGGUGGGCAGUGGACACCAGCAAGUAGAUUACGAUACAAUUUGCGAGACACAGUUGCUCGCUGCACUACGCAGGUGUACCCCAAGUCUUGGACUGCAAUCUACAUGGCUUUGGACAAUGUGGGAAUGUGGAACAUAAGGUCCGAGAACUGGGCUAGGCAGUACUUGGGUCAGCAGUUCUACUUAAGGGUGUACUCCCCGGCUAAUUCAUGGAGAGAUGAAUAUCCAAUCCCAAAGAACGCCCUUCUUUGUGGCCGAGCAUCAGGUCGCUACACUCGACCUCUUUGAUCCAGUAGUGUUUGGAUUCUGUUACAAGAGGGUGACAAGGAAUUCAGAGAAUGCAGACAAACAGAGGGACUCUGCCGGAGGAUACUUGCAUUAGCUCAACUCGAGCAAUGAGAUACAAAUUUUUUUUCCCCUUGCUUUUUAUAUCUGAACUUUCCAGAAUCCCUUUUGUUUCAGUUCUUCUCUUAAAUGGCACGCGUUGUUUAAUUGUUUACUUCGAAUAUCAUUUCUACCUCAGCCAUUCAAUGCAUAAGAACAACUUAUUCUUGUUCACCACACAUGGAGGUACUAGCUCAUUCUGGUUCUGCAAUGUUUUCUUAACACUGCUUCUUUGACAGUAAGAACCUU